CAAGCAGUCACAAGGUGAGGUUGGCAAGUGCACACCCUUGGAAUUUAAUGCUGAACAUUAUGAGGAUGACACUCGUGAAUUAAGAGGUAUUUUUGAAUAUGAAUAUGAAAGUCCUGAAGAAGCAACAAAGAAAAUACCACUUCCAGAAAAAGAUUCAGUUCAUUCCAUCUUAAAAUUAGAUGAGCAAGAGAAAACUUCAACUGAAAAUAGCUUGCAAAAAAAGAAAAGCAUUUCAUUCUACCCUGGAACAAAGGUACGUGAAAUUCAUAGUAGAAUUGAGGCCAUUAAUUGUGGUGAGUUGGAUGAUCCUGAUGAAGUUACAGAGUUUGUUGUGUCUCCACUGGACCCUGAAGAGGAAGAUGAAGAAUGGCCGGAGGAUUUAUUUCACAACACAGUACAGAAUGCUUGUUCAGAAUAUCUUGGAAUCAAUGAGGAUACAGUUCGAGAGUCAAUUAGAAUACAAAGAGAAAAUGAAGAGAACGGUGGUUUGGAUGAGUCUUUGGAAGAAGAUUAUUGUUAUUCAGAUGAAGAAUAUGAUUACUAUGAUGAUGGUCCCCAGUAUAAUUAUGAAGAAUCUGAAUACCCUGUGCCUGAAGACUUUAAACACAGAAAUUUAAAUGAACAUGAAGGAAAUGAAAGAAACCAAAUUGACUCUGAAGAUUUUUACCAAUCUGAUGAGAAAAUGGAAUUCAUUCCAAGGACGAGUGAACAACCUAAUAUUGCUGAUUCUGAUGAUGAUCACUAUGUUGAAGACACUCGUGAAUUAAGAGGUGUCUUCGAAUAUGAAUAUGAAAAUCCUGAGGAAGUAACAAAUAAAAUACCCAUUCCAGAAAUAGAUUCAGUUCAUUCCAUCUUAAAAUUAGAUGAGCAAGAAAAAACUACCUCAACUGAAAAUAGCUUGCAAAAAAAGAAAAGCAUUUCCUUCUACCCUGGAACUAAAGUACGUGAAAUUCAUAGUAGAAUUGAGGCCAUUAAUUGUGGUGAGUUGGAUGAUCCUGAUGAAGCUCCAGAGUUUGUUGUGUCUCCACUGGACCCUGAAGAGGAAGAUGAAGAAUGGCCAGAGGAUUUAUUUAACAACACAGUACAGAAUGCUUGUUCAGAAUAUCUUGGAAUCAAUGAGGAUACAGUUCGAGAGUCAAUUAGAAUGCAAAGAGAAAAGGAAGAGAGCGGUGGUUUGGAUGAAUCUUUGCAAGAAGAUUAUUGCUAUUCAGAUGAAGAAUAUGAUUACUAUGAUGAUGGUCCCCAGUAUAAUUAUGUAGAAUCUGAAUACCCUGUGCCUGAAGACUUUAAACAAAGAAAUUUAGAUGAACAUGAAGUAAAUGAAAGAAACCAAAUUGACUCUGAAGAUUUUUACCAAUCUGAUGAGAAAAUUGAAUUCAUUCCAAGGACGAGUGAACAACCUAAUAUUGCUGAUUCUGAUGAUGAUCACUAUGUUGAAGACACUCGUGAAUUAAGAGGUGUCUUCGAAUAUGAAUAUGAAAAUCCUGAGGAAGUAACAAAUACAAUACCCAUUCCAGAAAUAGAUUCAGUUCAUUCCAUCUUAAAAUUAGACGAGCAAGAAAAAACUACCUCAACUGAAAAUAGCUUGCAAAAAAAGAAAAGCAUUUCCUUCUACCCUGGAACUAAAGUACGUGAAAUUCAUAGUAGAAUUGAGGCCAUUAAUUGUGGUGAGUUGGAUGAUCCUGAUGAAGCUCCAGAAUUUGUUGUGUCUCCACUGGACCCUGAAGAGGAAUAUGAAGAAUGGCCAGAGGAUUUAUUUCACAACACAGUACAGAAUGCUUGUUCAGAAUAUCUUGGAAUCAAUGAAGAUUCA